UCUCAUCAGUCAUCUCUGGAUCUGCUUCAUCAUCUUUACACAGUGACAUGGACAAACUCAUUCAUCUGAUUUUACUUUCUGGUCUUGCUUCCAUUCAGGGUAGUUUGGAAGAGAAUUUAGCAUUGCAUGGAACAGUUACACAGUCAUCCACACAUCUCACCUGGGUAGCUCAAAAUGCCAUAGAUGGUAAAAAAUAUGGCUCUGAAUACUGCUUUGCUACAUUGAAUCAUAGUAACCCAUGGUGGAGGUUGGAUCUCUUGGAUGUUUAUAACAUCAGUACAGUGAUCAUCACUGCUCACGACGACUAUUUGGAUCAAGCCAACGGAGCCGAGAUUCGUGUCGGAAACUCACUGGAAAACAACGGAAACAACAAUCCCAUAUGUGCUGUAACUUCUGGUCUGCAAGCUGCUCGCACCAUCACUUACUCGUGUCCUGGGAUGUUGGGACGUUAUGUGAAUGUGUUCAUGCCUGGAAGUACUGCUCAUCUGUCUCUGUGUGAGGUGGAGGUGUAUGGAACAG